GCCGUCACCAACGCAUUAUUCGUUUCUGGGCUCUCGUGACGCGUCAGACUGAGAUCGUGCAUCACUCUUCGCCGCAGUACGUUACCGUCGUUAUCGAUAACGCUACACGUAAUAUUACAUAUAUAUCGAAUUCAAGAGGACCUCCGUUAGGUACAUCAACGCCACAUCAAACAUGAGGGAAAUCGUACACAUUCAGGCUGGCCAGUGCGGAAACCAAAUUGGCGCUAAGUUUUGGGAAAUCAUCAGCGACGAGCAUGGAAUUGACCCGACUGGUACCUACCAUGGUGAUUCUGAUCUUCAACUAGAGAGAAUCAAUGUUUACUACAAUGAGGCAUCGGGUGGUAAAUAUGUACCUAGAGCCAUCCUCGUCGAUCUGGAGCCAGGUACGAUGGAUUCCGUACGAUCUGGACCUUUCGGACAAAUCUUCAGACCGGACAACUUCGUUUUUGGUCAAUCCGGUGCUGGUAACAACUGGGCGAAGGGUCACUACACCGAAGGUGCAGAACUCGUUGAUUCGGUGUUGGAUGUAGUCAGGAAGGAGGCUGAAAGCUGUGACUGCCUUCAAGGAUUCCAACUUACCCACUCACUUGGUGGCGGUACCGGAUCCGGAAUGGGAACUCUUCUUAUUUCCAAGAUCCGUGAAGAGUAUCCCGACAGAAUUAUGAAUACGUACUCGGUCGUACCGUCGCCUAAGGUAUCAGAUACCGUCGUUGAACCUUACAAUGCUACUCUCUCCGUACAUCAACUGGUUGAGAAUACAGAUGAGACCUAUUGCAUUGAUAAUGAAGCCCUUUAUGACAUUUGCUUCCGUACCUUAAAACUCUCGACACCUACCUAUGGCGACUUGAACCAUCUCGUCUCCCUCACGAUGUCUGGCGUAACCACCUGCCUUAGGUUCCCUGGUCAACUAAAUGCUGAUUUGAGGAAAUUGGCUGUUAACAUGGUACCCUUCCCACGUCUACACUUCUUCAUGCCAGGUUUCGCACCUCUUACGUCUAGAGGAAGCCAACAAUACAGAGCACUCUCUGUACCCGAACUCACUCAACAAAUGUUCGACGCAAAGAAUAUGAUGGCUGCUUGUGAUCCACGACACGGAAGGUAUCUCACCGUUGCCGCCAUCUUCCGUGGUAGGAUGUCGAUGAAAGAAGUCGACGAACAAAUGCUUAACAUUCAAAACAAGAACAGCUCGUACUUCGUCGAAUGGAUUCCAAACAACGUUAAAACCGCCGUUUGUGACAUCCCACCUCGUGGUCUUAAGAUGUCUGCCACUUUCAUCGGCAACUCCACUGCCAUUCAGGAAUUGUUCAAGCGCAUUUCCGAACAAUUCACAGCUAUGUUCAGGAGAAAGGCUUUCCUUCAUUGGUAUACUGGUGAAGGUAUGGACGAGAUGGAAUUCACUGAAGCCGAAUCAAACAUGAACGAUCUUGUUUCGGAAUACCAGCAAUACCAAGAAGCCACCGCCGACGAAGAUGCCGAAUUCGACGAAGAGCAGGAAGCCGAGGUCGACGAAAAUUAGAUAUGAAAGAUCUAUUUGUCAUCGUACACUCCCCCACUCUUAC